AUGCCCAAGGCGUACGUGGUCGAGAGAGCCCCGAACGCGCGCGCGUCGUGCAAGGGCGUCUGCGGGAUGAAGUUCGAGAAGGACGUCCUGCGCUUCUGCGGGAAGAGCGGCAAGCGCCAGAGCCCGGCGUGGACGCACCUCUCGUGCGCGCCCGCCGCGACGUUCGACGCCGCGAUCGCGACGUGCGGCGACCUGGGUUCGAUCCCCGGCGUGAAAGAGCUCGAGAUCGAGGACACGAUGCGGCGCGCGCGCGAAAACGCGAGGAAGCGCGAGGAGCGGCUCGCGGCGAGAAGGAGCCCGCCCGCGUGA